AUGGCCUCACAUGUGCAAGUUUUCUCCCCUCACACCCUUCAAUCAAGUGCCUUCUGUAGUGUGAAGAAACUUAAAGUGGAACCAAGUUCCAACUGGGAUAUGACCGGGUACGGCACACACAGUAAAGUCUACAGCCAGAGCAAAAACAUACAGCCCUCACAACCAGCCACCACUACUGUCAGCACCUCUCUGCAAAUCCCCAACCCCAGCCUACCUUACGAGCAGACCAUCAUCUUUCCAGGAAGCACUGGGCACAUCGUAGUAACAUCUGCAAGUAGCACUUCUGUCUCUGGGCAAGCCCUUGGUGGACCACACAACCUGAUGCGUCGAAGCACUGUGAGUCUUCUUGACACCUACCAAAAAUGUGGACUCAAGCGUAAGAGUGAGGAGAUUGAAAACACAAGCAGCGUGCAGAUCAUUGAAGAACACCCACCCAUGAUUCAAAAUAAUGCAAGUGGGGCCACUGUAGCCACUGCCACCACAUCUACUGCCACCUCUAAAAAUAGUGGCUCCAACAGCGAAGGCGAUUAUCAGCUAGUCCAGCAUGAGGUUCUCUGCUCCAUGACUAACACAUAUGAGGUCUUAGAGUUCCUUGGUCGAGGGACAUUUGGACAAGUGGUCAAGUGCUGGAAACGUGGCACCAACGAAAUUGUCGCUAUCAAAAUCUUGAAGAACCACCCAUCUUAUGCCCGGCAGGGUCAGAUUGAAGUGAGCAUCCUGGCCCGGUUGAGUACUGAAAGUGCAGAUGACUACAACUUUGUCCGAGCUUAUGAGUGCUUCCAACAUAAAAACCAUACCUGCUUGGUCUUUGAAAUGUUAGAACAGAACCUCUAUGACUUCCUGAAGCAGAACAAGUUUAGUCCCUUGCCCCUCAAAUACAUCCGCCCUGUCCUCCAGCAGGUAGCCACAGCCCUGAUGAAAUUAAAGAGCUUGGGUCUUAUCCAUGCAGACCUCAAGCCAGAGAACAUUAUGCUGGUUGAUCCAUCCAGACAGCCGUAUAGGGUUAAGGUCAUCGAUUUCGGUUCAGCUAGCCAUGUGUCAAAGGCUGUGUGUUCUACCUACCUUCAGUCCAGAUAUUACAGAGCCCCUGAAAUUAUCCUUGGUUUACCUUUUUGUGAGGCAAUUGACAUGUGGUCCUUGGGCUGUGUCAUUGCAGAGCUAUUUUUGGGUUGGCCUUUAUACCCAGGAGCAUCAGAAUAUGAUCAGAUUCGAUAUAUUUCACAAACACAAGGUUUGCCAGCAGAAUAUUUAUUAAGUGCAGGAACAAAGACAACAAGGUUUUUCAACCGUGAUACAGACUCACCAUAUCCUUUGUGGAGGCUAAAGACACCAGAUGAUCAUGAGGCAGAGACAGGGAUUAAGUCGAAGGAAGCAAGGAAGUACAUUUUUAACUGUUUGGAUGACAUGGCACAGGUGAAUAUGACCACAGAUCUGGAAGGGAGUGACAUGUUAGUGGAAAAGGCUGACCGGCGAGAAUUCAUAGACCUGCUGAAGAAGAUGCUGACCAUUGAUGCAGAUAAGAGGGUCACACCGAUCGAAACCCUGAACCACCCCUUUGUUACCAUGACACACUUGCUUGAUUUUCCCCAUAGCACACAUGUCAAGUCUUGCUUCCAGAAUAUGGAGAUUUGCAAGCGCCGGGUGAAUAUGUAUGAUACAGUGAAUCAGAGUAAAACACCUUUCAUCACCCAUGUGGCCCCCAGCACAUCUACCAACCUAACCAUGACCUUUAACAACCAGCUGAACACUGUCCACAACCAGGCCACCAACCUGGCUCCCACCUCCACCAGUGCCACUAUUUCCUUAGCCAAUCCCGAAGUCUCCAUACUAAACUACCAAUCUACACUCUACCAGCCCUCAGCGGCAUCCAUGGCUGCAGUGGCCCAGCGGAGUAUGCCCCUGCAGACUGGAACAGCGCAGAUCUGUGCCCGGCCUGACCCCUUCCAGCAAGCCCUUAUCGUGUGUCCCCCAGGUUUUCAAGGGUUACAAGCCUCCCCUUCAAAGCAUGCUGGUUAUUCUGUGCGGAUGGAGAAUGCAGUUCCAAUUGUCACUCAGGCUCCAGAAGCUCAGCCUCUCCAGAUCCAACCAGGUCUACUUGCACAGCAGGCCUGGCCAAGUGGGACCCAGCAAAUUCUCCUUCCUCCAGCAUGGCAGCAGUUGACUGGAGUGGCCACACAUACCUCAGUGCAGCAUGCAACUGUAAUUCCUGAGACUAUGGCAGGGACCCAGCAGUUGGCAGACUGGAGGAACACGCAUGCUCACGGCAGCCACUACAACCCCAUCAUGCAGCAGCCGGCGCUCUUGACUGGCCACGUGACCCUGCCAGCGGCCCAGCCCUUAAACGUGGGCGUGGCCCACGUGAUGAGGCAGCAGCCGACCAGCACGACGUCCUCGCGGAAGAAUAAGCUGCACCAGGCCGCAGCCAGAAAUGUGUCAGCCUACGAGGUUUCCUCCUCCCAGACCAUCACUUCUCCUCAGCGAUCCAAACGAGUCAAAGAGAAUACACCUCCCCGUUGUGCAAUGGUACACAACAGCCCUGCCUGCAGCACCUCUGUCACAUGUGGGUGGGGCGACAUGGCUUCAAGCACCACCAAGGAACGCCAGAGGCAGACAAUUGUCAUACCUGACACUCCCAGCCCUACCGUCAGCGUCAUCACCAUCAGCAGUGACACAGAUGAGGAAGAAGAACAGAAGCAUGCCCCCACCAGCACUCUCUCCAAACAAAGAAAAAAUGUCAUCAGCUGUGUCACGGUUCAUGACUCUCCUUACUCUGAUUCCUCCAGCAACAACAGCCCCUACACCAUGCAGCAUCGAGCAGGCCACAGCAAUGCAAACAGCUAUGACCCCAAGGGGGCGCUGGAGAGCCACUGCAGCGGGAAUCCUCGAACUAUUAUUGUGCCACCCCUGAAAACCCAGGCCAGCGAAGUGUUGGUGGAGUGUGAGAGCCUAGUACCAGUCAACACCAGUCACCACUCAUCCUCCUACAAGUCCAAGUCCUCCAGCAUCGUGACCUCCACCAGUGGUCACUCUUCAGGGAACUCGUCUGGAGCCAUUGCCUAUAGACAGCCUCGGCCAGGACCACAUUUCCAGCAGCAGCAGCCUCUUAAUCUCAGCCAGGCCCAGCAGCACAUCGCACCGGAUCGUGCCGGCCCUCACCGGCGUCAGCAAGCCUACAUCACUCCUACGAUUGCUCAGGCUCCGUACUCCUUUCCGCACAACAGCCCCAGUCAUGGCACAGUCCACCCUCACCUGGCUGCCGCCGCUGCUGCCCACCUCCCUACCCAGCCACACCUCUACACCUACACAACCCCUGCUGCUCUGGGCUCCACUGGCACUGUAGCCCACCUCGUGGCCUCCCAGGGUUCUGCUCGUCACACCGUGCAGCACACUGCCUACCCAGCAAGCAUUGUUCACCAAGUCCCUGUCAGCGUGGGGCCUCGAGUCCUGCCCUCACCCACCAUCCACCCAAGUCAAUAUCAAGCUCAGUUUGCCCACCAGACCUACAUCAGCGCCUCUCCGGCCUCCACCGUCUACACUGGAUACCCAUUGAGCCCUGCCAAGGUCAACCAGUACCCUUACAUAUAAACACUGGAAUGGGGGAGGGAGGGGUAAAGAGAGGGAGGUUUGAUAGAAGGGAGGAGAAGAAAGGAGAAGGAGAGAGAAAGGGAGCACCUUGGAUUGAGGUGGGAGCAAGGCUGCUUUCUAUACAGAAGGAUGCAGCUCACAAACAAUGCGAAUGGGGCAGGAGAGUGGGGUGGGAAAGGUAAGGAAGUGAGAGCUAGGGGCUGUCAGUGAAACUUGAACAAGGAAGUGGAAGGAGAGGACAGAGGAAAGACAUUUUGAAAAAGGAAGGGACUAAGGAGGGGAAAUUAUUCUAUGCUUUUUAUUUUUAAAAAGAAAAAGGAAAAAACAAUAACAAAAAAAACAAACAAACAAACAACAGAAUCAUGUAUCCAUUCUGCACCAAACUGGAGAGGAGAAGAGAGCAGCAGGAAAGUCCCAGAAUUUGGGGCCCCAGUUUUUGAAGAACUUUACCUAUAGACUUUUGAAAGAUUAUUUUCAUAUGACAGCAAGUGACAUUUAAGAAGUUGCUGUCAGGGACACCUGAAACCGAAAUCCAAUAGGUUUUUAAUCAAUUGAACAUAAGAAAAAGGGAUUUUUCCAGAACUCUGAAGGGUCCACAGCCCUCCUGAGCAUCAGGCAGUGAUCCAAGGGCACCGAUAUGUAGUCAUUUUUCUGGGGAUGGAGAGAAGAGGGUGAGAGUGGGAGUGGGAGUGGGGCAAACCAGGCUCUUCAUUGUCUUGAAGUCAAAUUCACGCAUUCGUGUUUGACGUAAUCAGAGGAGGCCAGUGUGAUUGAAGAUCUCCUGGAGAGGGCCUCAUUUUCCCUUCUGAGCAUUCUGGAUCAAUCCCUAAGCAAUGUUAUUCCCAAAAUGUCAUUAAUAAUGUAUGUUGAAAUUCUGAGUUUUCUUCUCUGUUGGAGUUUUAUUUUCACUUUGAAUCCCUAGCCAUGUAGGAGGUAGCAGAAAUUUUAGCCCACCCUCUCCCUCCCUGCCUCCAUGUAGGAUGUAGCACUGUAGCCCUUUUUUUCUUACUUUGUGUUCAACUUCAGUGAUACCAAUAGAUUAUUCUUCAAUGUGAUUGCACAAAAAAGUGAUAUAACAUAA